AUGGAAAAUCAAGAGUUUUACAUUCGAUAUCUUGACAAUCAACCAGUCAAGAUUGACAUUCAUGUUAAUAAUGAAAGGACUGCUUUACGGCCUUUUCCACUCCUCACUGUUUCACAUUUGAUUGCAGCCUACAAGAUUGCCACCAUCCCACUUCUUGACAAUCUUUCUUUAGCACAACUCACUCUUCACAAUGCAUUAGAUGGACCAGUCAUUCCUGGAAAUAGACUCCUGACCUCCAUUCAAUAUCCUCUUGGCACAUAUGAGCAGCCACUCAUAAUCAAGUUCAAAACUGUUAUGGCUGGUAAAGCUCGAGUCAAACUCAGUACUGUAUUUCUAUCAGCAAUAGGCACCAAAAUGAGCGUGAAUUCUCUUGCUUCAGAGGACGCCAUUGAGAACUUUGCCCGGUCAAUAAGCUUGAAUAAUUAA